AUGAAUCCUAAUAUUCAGCAUCAAUCCCAAAGUAAUGGUAGCUACAGAAACAAUUCGUCUAACAAUGGCAGAAAUGUAAAUAAUGAAAACAUUUCAAAAUAUUCAGUCACAAUUAAGAACAAUUCCAAUAAUAAUACGAACAUGUUUAGCAGGAAUAUGAAAGAAGGAAACCAUAGUCCCUCUAAUACCAAAUCGAUAGAACAGAACAUUAAUGGAGGGAACCCAAAUAAUAUUAUGAAAAAUUUAUCCAAACUUUCACCUAUUAAUUAUUCAGUAAAUAAGCAUAAUUUUUAUAACCAUCAUAGUAUGAUUUAUAACAACAAUGGAUUAAGCAAUAAUGGCUAUAAAAACAGGAAUUACCAUUCAAUGAUCAAUAACGUGAAAACGGGAAAUGACAUGCAGAAGAUAGAUGAUGGUUUGGUUCAUGAUAUAAAUGACAGUACUAACAAAUCCUUUCGUGUCCUGAAUUACAAUAAAUUUUCAGGAAACAUCAAAGGACCUACUGAUGAUAAUAUGAAUAAUUUUUCCCCAGCGAAUUAUCACAAUAUUGUAUUAAAUAAUAAAGAACCAGUUUUAAAAAGCAGGCAUACUUUUGACCUGAACUAUAACCCAAAUGGUCGUAACCAAAACAGUAUGAACAGUACGAAUAAUUUAAAUAGAAUUAAAACAGUCGAUUUAAUUACUCAUCGGAAUACGUCUAGUAAUUUGAAUUGUCCAAUUGGUAGAAACAAUGGGAUCAAUUCCAGCGCGGGUACUAGCAGUAUGGUAUUUCCAAACGGCACCGAUGGAAAUAUAAACAAUGUACAUGCUAGUAUGAACACAUACACUGUGAGUAACACAAUAUCUAGCGGAAGAAACACCACAAUAAAUGAUGUAAUGAACGUUAAUGCAAAUAAAACAAAUGGUUGCACUGCACUAAACACAAACAAAGGAGUACGUCAUUCUAGUAGUAACUUGAACACCCACUUAGACCAGUUUAGAAGUGUCCAGAAAUAUCCCUAUGUUAACAGCAGCAAUGUUGGUAGGAACAACAUAACCAUUAUGAGCGGUAUGAACAGCAUGGGUGAUAUGAGCCAUAUGAUUAAUAUGGGUGGUUUGAACAGUGGAAAUUACAACGUGAAUAAUUUUAAUAAGACAAUGAGUGUCAUGAAUAAAAGUAGCACAUUUAAUUCUGAUUGUUUAAGUUCAAAUGUGAACAAUUACCUGAGUGUACCUAAUAAUAUGGACCCCAAGCAUGCUGGUGAGAGUAUUAAUAAUAAAAGUACUAGUAGCAGUAGCAACCAGAAGAUCAAUCAUAACAACAGUAAUAACGACAACCUAGGAAAUUUACAAGGAAGUUGUACCAUGAAUAAUAGUACAAUUACCACUGAUCAUCCCAAAAAAAGAAGCUACAGAAAGAAUAAGGAUAAGGGUAAUUUGAACGAAUUAGAUAAAAUAAAAAAUAAAAGUAAUAAUAAUAUGAUCAGUAACAUAUCUGUUACGAAUAACUGCAUGAGAAGUGAUAUGCUUAUCAAUACAAAAAAGAAUGAUCAGCAGAUGCUUUUGUUAGAAAAUGGGAAAAAUAAUCGAAGUCAAGAUCUUUACAGUCUUAACAAUUCGGAUAAAAUUUUCAAUAAUAACGUAAGUUCAGGGUUCCUUGUUCAAAGCAUGUACAACAUGAACAGCAAUAUGAAAAGUGGCCAAAUUAUGUGCAAUCCUAGUAGAAAUGUACAGGUAAAUCAAAAUUUAUGUGUGAAUGAACAAAAUAUAAAUGUGCUAAAUGGUAGGGAUUUCAUGUACAGUACAGGAAGUAGCUUAUCGAACCAAAAUAUAAAUAAAAUUCCUUAUUAUGAGGCAAAUAAUAUUCAAGAUGAUAAAACAAAAAAAGAAGGAAAUACACAUAUUGUAGAUGACCCCAGCAGUGGUAUAAACAUGAAUAUGCAUAAUAAUUGUGCUACGUUGGAGAAAACGAAAAAGAGAACACGAAAGGAGAGGGAAAAGACGAAGGAACAGGAUAAACCACCAAAAAAUAGGAAAAGGAAAAAUAAGAAUGAUCAAAAUAAUGAUGAAGGAACAAUGGGAAAUAACAGUGGUAUUACAUGCACACAGGACAUUGUGAAUAAUAAUUUUGAUAAUUCCAUUACUAAUUUAGGGAAUACACUAGAAUUACUUAACGAUUCAGUGAAUAAUAAAAUAUCGAAAAGAAAGUUAAAGGCCAAUAAUGAUGAGAAGAUAAAAAAUGACGAAAAAAAAAGAAAAAAAAGAAUGUUAAUGAUGAUGACAAAUAUGACAAGCAGUUACCCCCCCAUGCAACAAAACAGUGAUACUGUGCAACAAAAAAGUGAUACUGUGCAAAAAAACAGUGAUACUGUGCAAAAAAAUAGUGAUACUAUGCAACAAAAUAGUGAUAUGGAUAAAACAAAUAAGUACUCAUCACAGAAUCAAAAUGAAUUUUAUAACAAGUUGAAUGUAACACAUGAAAAUAUGAACAAUGGUAUCAUGAAUACCUAUGGGAACACAAAUUAUUUGAAUAACAUAUACAUUCAUUCUGCGAGAGGUGAAAAUUACAACAACUGUAAUCAAGACGAUCAGGCGGAUGCAUCUAACGUAAGUAAUAACUGUGGUGAAAAGGAACAUAUAAAAAUGAUGAACAUGCCUUCAGUCGAUAAUGGAGCGUCGAAGAAUAUUGUAAAUGGCUUGAGGUACAGUCCUAACACAUCAUAUCAUAACACAAAUGUUAAUGAUUUUAUAAAUAAAAAGAUAAGAGAAAAUAAUAACGCAGAGUUUAUGCGAGAUUCACACUUAAGCAAUAACGCUCAAGGAAUCCCCCAUGGAUACAUGAGAAGAGAAACAAAUAAAAACAUGCAUGGAAAUUUGACAAGCACUGAAAUGAAAAUAGGGGACAUUGAAUUGUAUAAAAAAGAAGAAUUUUUAAAAAAUAAUAUAAUGAACGUUGAUGCAAAAUAUGUUUGGCUAUUUUUAAAUAAAGAAUUUAAUGAAAAUAAAAGCAAAUAUGCCGGAUUUUUACCCUAUUUUAAUAAUUUCUACCCAAACAAAUUAUACGAACUAAUAUGUAAGUUAGAAGAGUAUUCACUACUAAAUUUUGCUCAUAUUAUGAAUUCCUCCCGAGAUUUACAAAGAAAAUAUUGCAACAAUUUAAGUCCGCCCGGAGUGCAUAAUGUUGAUCAUGUCAAGAAUGCUACAAUCAGUACCACCAACAACAUCGCCACCAACAACAACACCACCACGUCUUCCACGAAUGAUGGAGUUUGUGUAAAUCCAUUUGGGCAAGCUGAUGUGAGUACAUCGUUCACGAUUAGUGGAUACAGUGAUGGCAACAUUGAUAACAUGUUGCUGAAUAAUAUCAAUAACAAUUUCAAUGAACUCAUAAAAAAUAUUAGCAUUGAAAGUGUGUCCGCUCCGAAUACCCGUUCUGAGGAGAAUGAGAACUCUGGGAAAGUUAGAAGGCGAAGGAAGAAUGCCACGAGUGCCAGAAAAGCGAAGAAGGACGCGCAAAUGCAGAAUGACAUGAACAUGCAAAUACAGAAUGGCAUCAACACACAAAUGCAGAAUGGCAUCAACACACAAGUGCAGAAUAACAUGAACACACAAAUGCAGAACGGCAUGAACACGCAGAAUGACUUCAGCAUGAACUGGGAAAAUCGAGUCAGUGCUGAAAGCAAUGUGAAUUAUGAAAGUAACAUGAAACGAAACGAAGGAAUAAACCUUUACAAUAACAAUAAAAGUAAUAAUGGGCUAACGAACGGGAUAGUGAAGAAACCGAGAAAACCAAGAACGAGCAAAAAGGCUCUCACCACCAAUGAUAGGGAGACUAAAAAUUUCAUGAACUCACAAGAACAAACGGUAUCUACAGAAGGUAAUAAACAAAAGGUUAUAACAACGUAUGAGACGUUCGUUAAUUCUAAUGGUACAGCCAUAAGUGAAAAUGCAAAAGAUGUUCUUAACCUUAUUAUGAGCACCAACGUAGGGAAUGCACAAAAUGAUAGCAUAAAUAGUAAAAAUAAAUUUGAUUUUGUUCACAAAGAAAACGAAACGUUAUUGGAAAAAGGAUUGCCGAACUUAUGUGAUUCCAUGAAUAAUCCCCCAAAUUUUCCAAAAGAUGAAAAUGAAUCGCAUAAAACUGCUAAUAAUCCAGAUGAUAUAAAUAAUUUAGGCAAAAAUAAAAAAGUAAGAAAAUAUCGAAAAAAAAAAUACAAUAACAAUGUCCCGUUAGAGGAUAACAACGAUUUAUUAGCAUCUACAUCGAGUAACAUUUGUAUAGAAGAGAAGAAGAAGAAGAAAAAAAAAAGAAAACAAAUUACAUUCAAUGUAGAUAAUGAGGUUUUGGGUGCUGAAAAUAACUUAACAUCAAUGAAUGAACAUGUGGGAAAAUCGUGUGAACAAAAUAGAAAUGAUUUUGUUCAAAAAGAUAAUAUUAGCAUGUUAGCUGACAUUUCUGCUGAAAUGAAAAUUAAGGUAGAUUCAGCUGAAAUGAAAUGUCCAAAUAAUAUGGAUGCUGAAUGUGUGCAAGGGAAUGAAGUGAACCUUUCUUCUAAGUAUUCUUUAAAUUGCACGAUUGAUGAUAACAACGAGAUGCAUAAGAAGAAGAGGAGGAGAAAGAAGAAAAACGACAAGGUACCCGAUGAGUCGAAAGGGGAAAUUCAAAAUAAUGAGAUAUUGAGGAAUGAAGGGAUAGAACGUAAAGGCAAAAAUAAUACCAAAAAGAAGCACAUGGAAAAGGGGGAGAAUAUUGAAAUAUUUGAGAAUAUAAUUGAAAUUGAUGACAAAUAUGUCCAAGAACAGGAUAAUCAAAAUAGGAAACAAAACUGGAAUCAAAUUGGUAACCUGGAUGCCAGUAGAAAUGAAAUCAUCAACAUCACAGACAAUCGUUUUAACAAUGAAAAUAUAAAUUUUCUCAUGAGAAAAGGUAAAAAUAUGAAGAAGCUGCGUUUUCCGCAAAAUAAUUUUCCCAAUCAUUUGAAAGGUACUAGAUAUUUAGGCAAAACAUUAAGCAAAAAUAUGAGAUUAAGUGCCAUUAAUGCUAUUAAGAAGAAAUAUAAAAGGUUCAGUUUUUGUAUAAAUAAAGUUUUUAAAAAACAAAAUAUAAAUGAUAUAAUUGCAUUAAAUGAAAAUGUGAAUAAUAACAAAGAAUUAUUAUUGUUAUUUAAAAAAAAAGAUAUAUCCAAUUUAAAAAGAAGAAAUUUAUCUUUCUUUAUGGGAAAAUUACAGUUACAAAAAAUUGAUAUGAUAAUUAUGAAAAGGAUUCAUAUAUGUUUAGAAAAUAUUAAAAAUACUUUAGGAAUUACUUGUGUUAUAAAUAAUGUUGAAAAAAUUGUAAAUAUAUUAAAAUGUGCAUUCAGGGAUAGACUUCACCUAAUGUGGCCUCUAAUCAAAUUUUCGAACAAAUAUAGGCUAGACCAGUACUUCCAUUUAUUGACAAAAAAUAGAAAUAAUGCGCAAUCAAAGUUUAAGGAUACUAAGCUGAUCGUGCACCAGAACAUGGCCCCUUUGAUAGCCUAUUUCAAUCAGAGAACUAUUGAUGAUAAAAUAGUAGAACAUUUGAAAAAUAAGAUGAAGCCAAAAAGGAGGAGGAGAAAAAAUAAGAACAAGGAUCCCUUUUUAGAAGAUAAACCUCUGGAUUUCCUCAAAUCAGUAAAUGCAACUACGUCCAGUGAUAUCACUAGGGGACCCUUGCUGGAUUAUGAAACGGCUCGAACCAAGGCCAACGAGUUUACAUUUGUUGGUUAUAAUCAAAGAAGAUUGCUUACACAGAUCACGCCCUAUGAUUACAAGCACAUAUUGAAUUCUGAAUUCUGUAACCAAUUAUUUACUAUAAAAUGGAGGGAACAGCAAGCGAUGUUUGUCAAUCACCUACAUUUUGAUAUGGUACCAGACAACGAUGAAAGGAGGAAAUAUUUCGAAAAUAUUUACAUCAGAUAUAUGGGGUAUGAUAAGAAAAAAGUAGCUUUAAAAUUAGAAAAUAAGGAAAAUUCAGAUAAAUUAAAAUUUAAAAAUGAUAAUAUAGAGGAUGUAAAAGAUGAAGGAAAACAAAAGACAACAAGAAAACGAAAGACGAACAAGAACAAUGAUACUGUGGAAAAGGAACCAAAAAUUAUAAAACCGAGAAGGAAAUAUGAAAGGGUGAAACCUAGAAAGAGUAAAAACCCGAACGGAAAUACAGAAGUAACACAAAAUGUGAUGAAUAAUCAAAAUGAACCAAUUACGAAGGAUGUAGAACCAUAUGCAGCCGCUGAAGUAGGUGAAACAGAGAAAAGUGCAGUAACAAACCAUCAUGCUAUGGCUGAUCCAUCCAUUAAUGAAAACACUUCAAAGAGAAAGGGACGAAAACCAGGAGAAAGAAAACGAAAAAAUAAGAACAAAAAUUUAGAAAAUUAUGAUUUGACAGUUCUUAAAAGUAAUCCAAAUACGGUCCUUCAGGCAUCCAUAGAUUUUAUGAAUCCAAAUUUGUUUACAUAA